AUGCCUACAAAGCUAUUAGAGGCGCCGAACGCGGCGUCUGCGCCGGAGCCUUCAGUGCAGUUAAGAUCUGAAAAGGAGAUCGAGUGCAAGUGGUUCAAGGCAAUCCGCCGGAUAGGGGUCGAGAAGAAGGAGUGCUCUGCCAUAAGGAGAGCAAGACGCGAGGGCAAGGCACGCCGGGCGAAGAUGCAGGAGAAAAUGCCAGCUGUUAACUCUUCCGCUUUGACGACUGCUGCGACGUCCAAUACGACAACGCCGGAAUCUGGGUAA